CCGGUGCGGGACUGGGAGCGGAGCUCGGAAAGUCUCCCUGCGCAAACCCGGUAUUGCUUGCCGACCGGUCAAGGAGUGCUGGGGACUUAGUUCGGAGGGACGACCGCUUCUUGGAGCAGGAUUGAGAAACGAGUCUUCGAGUGGCCCAGAGAAAGGGAAGCCGACCUGAGGCCCAGCUCUUUGGAUCCCUGUGGAUACACUGCCUGCUCAUCUCUAUCAUGGCCCUCCACCCCCGCAGAGUUCGACUGAAGCCCUGGCUGGUGGCCCAGGUGGAUAGUGGCCUGUACCCUGGGCUCAUCUGGCUGCACAGGGACUCCAAACGCUUUCAGAUUCCCUGGAAACAUGCCACCCGGCAUAGCCCCCAACAAGAAGAGGAAAAUACCAUUUUCAAGGCCUGGGCUGUGGAGACUGGGAAGUACCAGGAAGGAGUGGAUGACCCUGACCCAGCUAAAUGGAAGGCCCAGCUCCGCUGUGCUCUCAACAAGAGCAGGGAAUUCAACCUGAUGUACGAUGGCACCAAGGAAGUACCCAUGAACCCAGUGAAGAUAUAUCAAGUGUGUGACAUCCCCCAGCCUCAGGGGUCAAUCAUUAACCCAGGAUCCACUGGAUCUGCUCCUUGGGAUGAGAAAGAUAAUGAUGUAGAUGAAGAAGAUGAGGAAGAUGAGCUUGACCAGUCACAGCACCAUGUUCCCAUCCAGGACACCUUCCCUUUCCUGAACAUCAAUGGUUCUCCCAUGGCACCAGCUAGUGUGGGCAACUGCAGUGUGGGCAACUGCAGCCCUGAAGCAGUGUGGCCCAAAACUGAACCUCUGGAAAUGGAAGUACCCCAGCCACCGAUACAGCCUUUCUAUAGCUCUCCAGAGCUGUGGAUCAGCUCUCUCCCAAUGACUGACCUGGACAUCAAGUUUCAGUACCGUGGGAAGGAGUAUGGGCAGACCAUGACUGUAAGCAACCCCCAGGGCUGCCGGCUCUUCUAUGGGGAUCUGGGUCCUAUGCCUGACCAAGAAGAGCUCUUCGGUCCUGUCAGCCUGGAGCAGGUGAAGUUCCCAGGUCCAGAGCACAUCACCAAUGAGAAGCAGAAGCUGUUCACCAGUAAGCUGCUGGAUGUCAUGGACAGAGGACUGAUCCUAGAGGUCAGCGGUCAUGCCAUUUAUGCCAUCAGGCUGUGUCAGUGCAAGGUGUACUGGUCUGGGCCAUGUGCCCCAUCACCUGUUGCCCCCAACCUGAUUGAGAGACAAAAGAAGGUCAAACUAUUUUGUCUGGAAACGUUCCUUAGUGAUCUCAUUGCCCACCAGAAAGGACAGAUAGAGAAGCAGCCACCAUUUGAGAUCUAUUUAUGCUUUGGGGAAGAAUGGCCAGAUGGGAAACCCCUGGAAAGGAAACUCAUCUUGGUUCAGGUCAUUCCGGUGGUAGCUCGCAUGAUCUACGAGAUGUUUUCUGGUGAUUUUACACGGUCCUUUGACAGUGGCAGUGUCCGCCUGCAGAUUUCCACUCCAGACAUCAAAGAUAACAUCGUUGCUCAGCUGAAACAGCUGUACCGCAUCCUCCAAACCCAGGAGAGCUGGCAGCCCAUGCAGCCCACCCCCAGCAUGCAACUCCCCCCUGCCCUGCCUGCCCAGUAAUCAUGAAUGCCAUCUUUUUUUUUUUUUUACAGUGUUGUACAUAUGGAUAUUUUUUAUUAUUCAGAUUUAACCAGCUUUUAAACCUCUCCUUUCUUACAAUGUUAGUGGUCUCCAACUCUCCACAUGUGCUUGGCUUUUAAAGUUGAUUUAAUUUAUGGAAAAAUUACCCUUCAUAUUCCCCCUUUCUUUUUUCAGCCUCCCCAUGUUAGUGUAAUGUAGUAGGAGAUUUGGCCUGGGAGUUUGGGCACCAGCCUUCUUUGCACCUCUGCUUCAGUGGUAUGACCUUGAACUAUCAAGUUAUUUAAUCUCUAGGUUUUAGAUUCAUUCCUAUAAAGUGAAGGGGUGGAACAAUGCCUGAAAUAACUCCUAUUUUAAAACUCUGGCCUGAUGACUUCAUUCUACUUGUACAAGGAGAAAAAACUGCCUUGGACAGAACCCUCUGCAUUGUUCUAGCACUUUUUUUUUUUUUUUUUUGCCUUUAUUAAAGUUCCCUCAAGCACUGAUUUGCCCAGGAUUGAUCACCGUUUGACCUGUUCUGCUAGUAUAGUAAGCUGGCUUCCUGACGGAGUAAGAGAGAGGGAGGGGAACUGGCUGGUUGCCUAGGAACAAGUUUGAUAUCUAAAUAGAAAUAGGUGCCAAAGUCUGAAAGUCACCUGGUCUGUGGAGUAAAGGCUCAUAAACAGAGGUUCUAAACGGAAUCUGUCAACGGAAGGCCUCGGGAUUCUGCAGAAUUUGUUGUGAGGUGUCCACCUUGUCACCGUUCAGAUAACACGGUGUGUGUGUGUGGCUGAUGAGAGUAUAUGACUCAGUGGGACUCUUCAGAGAAGAUAGAGCUCUUUUUCCUUUUUUUCUUUGAGGAAGACCUGGGAGUGAGCUGGGCAUGUAUGACAAACUCAUGACUACAACAGGGACACUUCCUUCUUGUUUGGAAACUUUUACAGCCUUACUACCCUUUGGAUUUUUUCGCUCUUGGAAAAAAUGGGGUAUUCAAUUUUAAGGCCAAAGUGAAAAAGGACUGGGCAGUGCUCUUUUGCAAAAGGCUCAUGCGGCCCAAACCUGCUCAUUUCCCUUCUUGUGGAGGAAGCUGGGUGUGAACAACUCAGGUGAAGAGCAGUGGAGAACACUGCGGCUAUGGCUGUCACAGACUGGUCUUAUCUGUUAACUUUUGUUCCAUCCCUGACCUUGCUGUCC